UCAUUUUCCAUUGAGAUAAAAUUUUAUAAUAAAAUAUAAACAUUAAGAAAGAAUUAAUUUUUGAUCGUUAUUGUUUGUUACAAUAUUCAAAAUGCCAAUUUAUGAAAGUUUAAGUAGUGACAAAUUAACAGUUGUACUCGAUAUAGGAGCUGCAUAUACAAAAUUCGGUUUCACUGGAGAGUUUGCACCCAGAACAAUUAUCAAAUCGGUAGUGAGAUGUAAGAAAACUGGACGGUUGAGGAAAAUUUGGGAUUAUGAAUCUCCUGAAGAUUUGUAUGAUCUAUUGGUAGACUUCUUACAUACUAUUUAUUUUAAAUACGCUCUUUUGAGUCCAAAAGACAAACCAGUUAUUAUUGUAGAAUCAUUAUUAUGUCCUACAUUAUUCAGAGAAACAUUAGCUAAGGUUUUAUUUUCACAUUAUGAAAUAUCAAUGAUGCUCACUUUACCCUCUCAUCUAAUUACUUUAGCCAGUAUAGCUAUAGAUACAGCAUUGGUGGUUGAUAUAGGAUACAAAGAAUCUGUAGUUAUUCCAGUUUGUCAUGGUUUGCCCUUGAUCCAAGCAUGGCAAGCACUGCCUUUAGGAGCAGAAGCUAUUCAUAGCAAAUUAAAAACGAUGCUCAGCAGUAAUAAUACAGGUAUACAAAAUUUAUCAGAAGAUAUUAUGGAGGAUAUUAAAGUAAGAUGCUGCUUUGUAACAGAAAAACAUAGAGCUGAACAAUUAGCACUUGUUAAACCUGAAAUAACUGCUUGUCCCAAUGUCAAAUAUCCUGUAGGAGGGACAGAUAGUAUUAAUAUAUCAGGAAAAGUAAGAGAGAGAGCAUUUGAAAUUCUUUAUGAAGAAGAUAACGACCAUCUCUGUCUAUCCACAAUGAUUCUUGAUGCAAUAAUGCAAGUAGAUAUAAAUCUCCGGCAUAAAUUGUCUGAAAACUUAGUACUCAUUGGUGGUACAACAAUGACACAAGGUUUUAGAGCAAGAUUGAAAGAAGAAUUGGAAUAUCAAUUGAAAAGUGAACGUUACAGUAAACUUCACUUGAAGAAAUUUGCUUUUCAUACACUUCCUUGCAAAGAAAAUUAUGCGGCAUGGUUAGGGGGUGCAAUAUAUGGUGCUACAGAAUUACUGAAUAUGAAAGCAGUUACUAAAGAAAAUUAUUUCAAAGAGAAUAAAUUACCUGAUUGGGUUCAUUUGAGAGAAGGAAUUCGUUCACUAUAAUUAUAUAUAAUAUUACAGAUAUUAUUAAUUAUUUUUUAAUUUAUUAAUCAAAUAUAUAUAUGCUUGAUAUUUUAUAAUAAAUAAAAUGAAUUAUGAAUAAAUAAAUUCCCUACUACCUCAUCAGUUGAC